GGCCAGUUAAUGUCAUCGAGACAGAGAUCCUGAAGAGAGGAGAGGAAAGGAGGACAAAGCGGAAUCAUAUACACCUUUACUACACACAGUGGAAAAGGGGAUUAUAUUUAGUUUUUUUUUUUUGUGUGCAGUUUUUGGACUCGGUUUCCUGCUUCCUCGUCCUGUGGCACUGCUGGAGCUCUCAUUGUGGCUGGAGUGAGGAUCACCUCCUUUUGUGUUGCUCUGCAGUUGUUUAUCCACACUCUGCUCAGCAACUUCUGCCUCCUCUUACCCAAAAUAGGGGGUUUCAUUUCUGUUUUUCUUGUUUCGGCCUACACGGAAUGAAUGACAAAAACAAAGGAGGUUGAUGUCCAUAACUCUCCGACUCACCUCUUCUUCGCCUCGCCCAAGGAACGGAGACUCCAUCUCCGGCAGAAGAUGGAAAGCGGAGGCGGGACGGAGAGCUCGGACAGCGGGCAGACGCAGCACGCGGUGCCCGGGCAGCAGCAGCAAAAUCCCCGGCCUGAAACUGCGGAGCUCUCUGCGGUGCUGUCCGCUCAUCCUCCGGGCGAGAAGAAGAAGAUAAACCGGGCUCCAUCCCCUGCCAGACCGAAGGAUGUACCCGGGUGGUCGCUCACAAAGAUCCGCGGAGGGAUAGGGACGCCGACCCUGAGCGUCAAGCCGGGAGCCAUCCAUCUGGGUAGCCGCCUUUCCAGGCGCAGCCCCGUGGGGAGUCUUGCUGGAAAGGAUGGCAAGGCGGAGAAGAGCGGUGGUGGAAAACCGGCGGGCAAAUCCUCGUUCUCCGCCGCCGCACUCUCCAAGACCUCGGCAGCCAAGGCGGCUAAAGGCUCCGGAGGGCGGAGGAAGGUGUCGGACGCCAGUAUAGGAUCCGACGAUUUAUCCAAGGACUCGGGCUGCGCCCCAGGGAAGCUCUCCCCUACAGACAGCAGCUCCGAGUUAUCGGACUGCGCCUCUGAGGAAAACAAGCUCUCCACGGACGCUGUGAGCAGCGACACCGAAUCGAGGAGCAGCCGAGGCGGUGGGCAGGACGGAGACAAGCCGCUCAGGGAUGGCGCGUUGUCGGACAGAGUUAGUCAGCAAGCCGCCGCCAAAACCACCUGCUCGUCCGCGGAGAAAGACGACAAGGACCGACUCUCCCUUGGCGUGGAGACCGGGGAAGGGAGCAUAUCCCCCGGCGAGGAGCGCUCGGUCACCUCAUUUGACAGCAGGGUGCCAGCAAGCACAUCUCUGGCUUUCUCAGACCUCACAGAGGAGUUUAUGGACGGUAUGCAUGAGGAGUUUGUCAGGGAAAUAGAAGAGCUGAGAUCGGAGAAUGAUUACCUCAAAGAUGAGAUGGAGGAGCUGAGGUCUGAAAUGCUGGAGAUGAGGGACAUGUACAUGGAAGAAGACGUCUACCAGCUGCAGGAGCUACGGCAACAGCUGGAGCAGGCAAAUAAGACCUGCCGCAUCCUGCAGUACCGGCUCAGGAAGGCAGAGCGGCGCUCUCUCCGCGUGGCCCAAACAGGGCAGGUGGACGGAGAACUGAUACGAACCUUGGAGCAAGACGUCAAAGUGGCAAAGGACGUGUCCAUCCGUCUCCACAGUCAGCUGGACAGCGUGGAGAAGAAGAGGAGUCGUCUGGAGAAGGAGAACGAAGAGCUACGGGUCCGGCUGCAGGACUUGGAGGUCGCCAAACAGGUCCUGCAGCAGGAGAUUGACAAGAACUCCCAGAAGAAAAGAGGAGCACGACCCAACAACAAACCUGACAAGAAGCUCGGUCCACAGGAGGACAGUUCAGACCUGAAGUGUCAGCUCCACUUUGCCAAAGAGGAAUCAGCCCUGAUGUGCAAGAAGCUGACCAAGCUGGUGAAGGACAGCGAGGCCAUGAAGGAGGAGCUGGCCAAGUACAGGUCGCUGUACGGAGACGUCGACGCCUCCCUCACCGUGGAGGAGGUUGCUGACUCCCCUCACACCCGAGAAGCGGAGAUCAGGGUCCACCUGAAGCUGGUGGAGGAGGAGGCCAACCUGCUGAGUCGACGCAUCGUGGAGCUGGAGGUGGAGAACAGGGGGCUCCGAGCCGAGAUGGAUGACAUGAAGGGACCACAAGAUGGACCUCAAGAACUCACUGGUGGUGGUGGUCUGGGGGUGGGUCUUGGUCUCACUGGAGGAGCCAUGGUACUUGGAGGAGGGGCUUCAUCCGAAAACGUCAUGGAGCUCCAGAGACAUCUCCAGUUUGUGGAGGAGGAGGCGGAGCUGCUGAGGAGGUCUCUGAUCGAGAUGGAGGAACAGAACAAACUCCUGAUGAACGAGAUCAACCGCUAUAAAUCUGAGCUCCCACCGCUGACGUCCACGCUGUCGUCCAAUUCGUUAACGUCAUUGACGGACGGCCUGCUCAACGACAGCCCGGUGCACUCCAUACAGGAAGGGGCGGUGCUUAUCAGCACGGACACCCCUGCCCAGGAGGAGGAGCUCAGACUGGCGAGGCUUCAGAUUGGAGAACUGAGCGGGAAAGUGAAGAAGCUACAGUACGAGAACCGAGUGCUCCUGUCCAACCUGCAGCGCUGUGAUCUGGCCUCUUACCAUGGUCCUUCUUCCUCAUCCUCCUCCUCCUCACUACGACUGGCUCUGGAGACAGAUGCAGAGGCUGGAGACUCAGCUGAGUGCCUCCCCACCAGCCCGCCCUACCGCAACGAACCAGUAGGGGGUGAGAACGACGCCCUGGAGAUCAAGGAACGGAAAAAGAAGAUCGAGGACAACGCUGACGCAACAACUUCACUCCCUGGGUGCCUGGGGCAGAAGGACCAUGAUGCCUUGCUCGCCAUGAGGGACCAGGCUCGCUUGGUUUCAACGGCGAUACAGCUCCUGACCUCCCCCGAGUCCAACUGCCUCACCUCCUCCCCAUCCAUCUAUCACAAGGUCUGCAGCAACGAAGCAGCGGAGCCGUGUGACCUGGAGAAACCUCAGCCUCACAGCCAGAUCUCAGAGCUGUCUGACCUGGCCGACCGGCCUCUGGUUGGUGCUCUGACCAGCAGGCUCCAGGCCCUACACACCCAGCUGCAGGCCUUUGUGGAGCAGGUGGACAGCAUGGGUAAACCCCCAGCAGGAGGGAGGGACCCUCGGGUGGAAGGAGCAUCUGCCCUAACCUCACCCUGCGCCUCCCUCAUCUGCUCUGGAGACGACCAGGAUGGACUUAAUACUGCCGAGGAGAAGCAGCCUGAUUAUAGGGACCAAUCAGAGCCAGAGGUGAAAGCUCAAACUGAAGAGAACAGCCAAUCAGACAGCAACGAGGUGCAAACCAGCCAGCUGGAGCAGCAGGAGAAGGAGACAGAUGAUGCACUGCCCACCCAGUCCAGUGACCACCAGGCUCAGCUGUCCGAAGCAGGGGAGUCUGCUCAAGGAGCUCAGGAGGAGCUGGAGGAGGAGGACAGACCGACUCAGAAAGAAACCAGUCUCAAUUUCGCACAGCUCCAGGAGGAACACCAGAAGGCUCUGCUCCGUCGGGACUUCCAGCUGCAGAGUUUGGAUCUCCAGGCUCGGCUACAGCAGAAGUUAUGGGGCCAGGAGAGGACUCUGCUUGUCCAGGAGUCUCAGCACCUCAAACAAGCCCUGUUACUACUCAGCCUCAAACUACGCUGCUUCCUCAAACAGUGGAGGAUGGGCUGCAAGAAGGACACAGAGUGGAAAGACAUCUUGGAGAUGAACAGCCUGAAGGAUCUCUACCUGCUGCUGGAGGAGGAGAACCUGACGAGCCCCGCCCACCAAACUGACAAGAGAUCUGCUGCAGAUGAACGGCCACUCAGCCCAACUAUCAAGUCGAGCGCUGUGAGCAGCACUUUGGCAGACCUGAAGGUGGCGCUGCAGGAUCUGAGCGGUGAGCUGCGACAGGAGAGACAAGGCUCCCAGGAGCUCACCCAGCAGUUCGCAAAGGCCAAGGCAUCAUGGGAAGUGGAGAGGACCGAACUCCAGAGCCUUAUCACACAGCUUGAGACCAAAGCAGGUAAAGCAGCUGCAGCCCUGUCCUCCACUGAUGCACCGGAUCCUCCAGACCUGAAGGUGGCGCUGAAGAGGGAGCGUGAAGAACACCAGCACCUCCUGGCUGAGUCUUAUGCAGCUGUGAUGGAUCUAACUAAGCAGCUUCAGAUCGGCGAGAGAAACUGGGGCAGAGAGAAGCUGGAGCUGUUGGAGAGGUUCAGCCAAGAGAGAGCUCAGUGGGAGCAGAGACUUAGAGAGGCCGCUGCACAACAGGGGAAGACAAAGUCAUCAGGUGGUGAAUCCUCUGCAGAUACAGUCGUUGCUAAUGGGACAGGAUCACCAAGGACCAAAUCUACACCAGAGCUGGAUGGCUCAGACGUCAACGGGGCAGCCAACCAGGAGGAGAAAAUCCAGUUUGCAGUCCCGUCUCUUUUGAUUUGCCCAGAACUAGGCGACCUUACCAGGAAGAACUGGACCUAUCUGACCAAUGAGACUCAAGAAGUCGGGGACACCUGUAAAACCUGGGACGGUCCCAGCGGCUCCUGCAGCAGCCUGGUGGGAUCAGAGCUGGAUCUGGAGUCAGUCCAGAGGAGCUACACUGCUCCAGACCGUACGGGCAUCCGGAUCUACUACAGCCCUCCUGCUGUGCGACGUAUAGAGCACCAGAGAAGGAGCCAGGACGCCAAAGAGCCACAGCAGGCGCAGAACGGGAACUCUUCCCUGGGACUGAGUGGCAGGAUAGCUGGAGUGGCUGCAGCAGAAACCCUUGUUGCUGUUCAGCAACAGCAACAACCCUCCCCCUCCUUCUCGUCCUCGUACGAGCAGUGGCUGAGCUCACUGUCCAAGCAGCACAGGGAGCUGCUGGAGAGCAGGAGCAGCUGCAUCGCCGGCUCGAUCCCCAGUGUCAUCAACAACGGCGUUGGUAGCUCAGCUAACAGUGUGGUUGAUGGGAUGGCAUCCUCUUCAGCUUUUCAUGGCCUGGAGAUUGGGGAGAUUUCAGCCAACUUAAGUGAUGACAUGAAAGAAAUGACCAACUGUGUCCGCCAGGCCAUACGCUCUUCAUCUCUGGAGAGGAAAUCCAGCAAGGAACCUGGAUGUCAGGCGGUUGGGAUGUCCACCAGGUCCACGCAGACCGCUGCCCAGUACGUCAGCAUUGGGCUUCAAACCGACAACCUUCCCAGCAGCAGGGGGACGGGGUUACAAUCCAAAGCCUGGUCUCCUCGUCCCUCAUCAACAACCACCUCCUCACUGGUGUCAGCCCGAACCCGGCAGAUAUCGACAUCACUGGAUAAGGUUCACAGCCGCAUCGAGAGGCCAUGUUGUUCACCCAAGUAUGGAUCACCGAAACUACAACGCAGAGUGUCUUCUGUGAGCUAUUCAUCACCUUCUCCGUUGUUAGGCUCCACCUCCAGACUGGAUGGGACUUCCUCCUCCAGAGACCGCAGCCUGUGGAGCCUCCAGCAGAGACCCAUGGGUGGAGGCGGAGGCUCGGCCUGGGCUCGUUCCACCACCACCAGGGACAGUCCCGUCCUCAGCGGCCUCACCGACGGCCUCUCUAGCCUCUUCAGCGUGGUGGAACACUCUGGAAGCACAGAGUCGCUCUGGAGGGGCGACGGAGCAGCCAGCCAAGGGGCCAGUCCAGCACGGCAGCCACCUGCAGCAGGAAAACCCUCUGGGGUGGCAGUCUGUGGAUCUGACCCCAGCUCUCAGCGGUACGGAGGCCUGGUCCAGGAGUUCUUCAGGAAUGUCUGCAGCAGCCGCAGCCAGGGAGGAGUCACCCUGCCCGGGGAGAGAGCGCAAAGAGACUCCCUGGGCAGCCUCGGAGGUCUGGGUGUCUUGGGGGGUUUCUGUGCCGUGGAUGAGCCCAAGCCAGAGUACGUGUCAGCUGGGGUUGGAGCACUGGCUGGACUGGGGGGAGGCAACGACAGUGUGACCAGGAUAGUUAACAAGAGAUUUAUGAGACAGACAGCUGGGGAGGAGAUGGUUAGUAUCAUGGGAGGGGGAAAGGAAUCAACGAGCAACGUCGGGGCUGCAGGAUCUGGGACAGAGGAUGCACCCUGUGACUGUGCUGCCCAGUCUUCUUGCUUUGCUCGACCAUCAAGAGCAGCAGCUCGCCAUUCGCUCGGGCAGUGCAAGCACCGCCCACAAGAGUCUCCAGCAGCAACCGAGGAGAAGAGGGACGCCUGCAACGAGUGACGACAUUUGGACUGCCACAUGCAAAGACACGCAGCUUACAAGAUGACACACACACACACACACAGAGCAAUACAAACUUCACAGCUUCACAAACACACCACUGCCAUAAAAACACACUUUUCCCCAUCUCUCACAUCUUCAAAUGUACAUACACACCUACACCCUGCCACACAGGCGCACUGCCAAACAUAACACACACUGCUAGCACACUGCACAGACUGCCUCACAAACCCACUGCCACAUGCACACAUUCAUACAUUCAUAAAAAUACACCCAUCUAGAGGGAGAACCCAGGCAAUAUUACACUUGUCUUGGACUGUACCAUCCUGAUGCCAAGGACAGCAAGAAACUCCUUCUCAGCAACAGAUCGAACCAUCACAAAACUACCAGCAGGACACACAUAAUAAGGCACACACAUAAUUAUACACACAUAACUGAAUAUAUUCUAACAAAUAAAACUAUGAUGUCAGGACUGGACCUAGUAACCCCUCCUCCCCCCUUCAGUUUACAGAAUAACAGGUACUACAAAUGGUCUGCUCUGGACUGUAAAAUCCAACUUGAAAACGUCUUAUUGCAGCCAUGUUGGACCAGCAGCCAUGUUGGAUUCACAGAUAAUAAAGGAGAAAGAAAGGAUGCAGUCCCAGUUUGAACAUGCAUUGGAAGUGCAUGUGUCACUUUGGGAGCUAUAAAACUGCAGAGACAUCAGUCAUUGCUGGAAAGACCUUUCAUGUGUUGUUAGCAACUCUGAAAGCAUCAGUCUCUGUAAUCUGGUGGAAAGCUCCAAUGAUUUCUCCACAGAUGAUUUCGCUCUGAACCUUGUCAUAUACACACCUGCUGUGCUGGGAAAUGCAAUUGUACCUCUCAGAUUGAUUAGCACAAUAAAAUCCCAGCAAGUGUCUCCAACAUGGAUCUGAGAAUGACACAUCUUGAUGGCUCAUCUGAUUCAGUUGCAGACUAGCUUCCAGUGUUUCUUAUCAGCUCACACAAGGAAGAACUGAAAGACUGUUGGACUACGUACCCCAGCAUGACCAGACUUGGACUCUAUUGUCUAUGUUUGGACUUGUCAGCUCUAUAAAUGAGACCGUUAAACUGAUCUCAGAGUGGACCUCCUACCAUUGUUGUUUAAUAGCAACAACAAAAAAAAUCUCUCCAGGCUUGCUUAGAUGUAAAAGUCCACUGUGUUCCCAAAAGAUCUUUGGCCACAAAUACAGGGCCAGUUCGUGGCAUUGUAGCCAUGUCUUUAAACCUUGUAGAUGUAAGAAAACUUAAUUUGAAGAUGUUACCCUCCAGGAUCUGUCUGGGAACUUAUCACCUUGGUUCGGACCUGUUACGGUAGGCAGGAAGUGCCUGCUUUCAUAUUUUUAAGAUGUUUCUUCACUGAUGUCAAGGUUCAUCCACAAACCAGGCUGAUGAUCUGGUAGAGACAUGUGGUGUAUAGUCCUACAGCACACUGUCCUGAAACAUUUCAGUUGCCUCCACUGAUUGCAAUCGAUCAGAAAUGGCCCCUCACCUUAGCAUAAGGCCCAUCAGCAGAUUUCACUUGGCGUUGGAUAGGAAUGCACUGAUUUAACUUUUUCCCACUUCUUGUACCAGAAAAACCAUGUUCAUCUGCACUGAAUUUUUGCAUUGCAACUUUUGGAAUCUGAUUUACAUAUUUACCUGAUACCCAUCAGCUUUAUCAGUGCAUCCCUAUCCUGUAUGCUUCACAGGAUCAGAUAUGAACACUAGGAAAAAAAAAACACUGAUACUCAGUGUGUCCAAACAUAUGUACCAUCAACCAGAAACACUCACUAAGUCUAAAUUGUGUCCAAGGAGAAUUUAAUCAAUGCAUUCCUUUUAUUAGAGAAAACAUUCACACUUUUCUGAACCCAGUUCUGUGUGUGUGUUUGUGUAUGGUUUGUGUGUGUGUUUGGCCGUUCACUUCUCAGCUUUCUGGCGGACCACUACAUCAUUCCUGGGUCUAGUAAGAUUCUCAGCUUUUACUUCCCCCUUUCUCUGCUCUCCUCUCUCACGUACAGCUGUCCUUGUUUUUGUACAAACCCUAUACACAUUUUGAAAAUGUAGCGUUUUAAAUGAAAUCUUGGUAAACAAGCAGCUAAGAGCUGUGACUGUCCAACUGCAGAGUACUUAAAGCACUGAAAGUUCUUUUCUUCUUUUUGUUUUUCUAAGGAAUUAUUUUAUUAAAUUCUUAAUUUAC